CGUGCUUGCUCAUUUACCGGGCCGCGUCAGUUGACGGAGCAGUGACCUCACCUUGGACACGCUCCGUCACGAUGUCGAGAGCGCUGACCUCGGCUCAGAUUAUUGCACUUGGAGAAUACCUCAAUCCUGGGUUUGACCCUUCGUCUCUCACAGUUUCUCAGCUACUAGGUAUUCUUGGAUAUCACAACGUCAAGUAUCCUACUCCCUACACGAAACCCAAGCUUGUUCAAGCCUUUCUCGACGACAUUGCCCCUAACGCCGCAAGACUCAGAAAACAGCGUAUAAAGCAAGAAAACAGUGCGCCAAGCGACGAUGGAAUCACAGAUGGCAUCACUGGAAUGCCAAUCAAUGGGGCACCCAAGCCUCGUCGCACGUCUAGACGGUCAUCCAGAAGUGCUGUGGAGGACAAAGGACUACAGUUAGCUCGACCAGAACCUCCAAAGAGGCGGCGCUCGUCCGCGCAGCCUAGCCUGGGCGGCCCCUCGAGAACGAAAGGCAUUUCAGAGAAGGCUCCAAUAAUGGAAGAGAGCGAUGCUGAUGAGGAAAUGCCCGUUCGUAAAGUUGCCAGGAGUAAAAAGACUUCUAAGGUCGAAGGCUCUUCAGAGCGUCGUAUCUCCCUGGCUGAAGAUAGUGGCUGGGAAGAUAACAACAUCUUCCAAUCAGGAGCAGAGGAUUCCCCAACCAAACCCCCUCCCGUGCGACGUAGUUCUGCUCCAAGGACAUCUCGUUAUAGCAUGUCUGCUCCACCUCAGUCACCUGUAAAGUCACCACAUAAAGCCCACGAUUCCCUCGCGCGACCCCCAGUAGCUGCACGUUUCGAACCGCAACUGUCGCCUCGCCUCCCCAAACCCAAUUUUGGCGAACCACUAAUAACAUUUCAACCCCAGGUUGAAGACAAUGCUAACCAAGCGGAGCUCUUGAAACCCACCUUGGAAGAGAGCAUCUUGGACGAACACCCCGUUCAAGGUGAAAUAGAGCUUGAUGAUAUCGUCUCCGUCGAGAACCAGGAUGCGCAAUCUUCAACUUCUAUACAGUCGACACGCGAGAGUGACCACGCCAUAGUCCGGCGUCGCUCUGCUCCACCCAUUCGUUCCAAACCCUCUUCCAAGAUUCUCAUGUCUGUUUAUUGGCUAGGCCUCGCCCUCGCUCUUUGGUGCAUGCGAGAAUAUAGCUCUCAGUCCGCAGCUUUCGGCUUCUGUGACACGGGAUCACAAACAAAUAGCGCAGUCAUGGAAUUUCAAGCUCGGCUUGCCGCCAUUGAAGCAUGCAACAGAGAGAAUAGAACGCAUCUACACAGUGAUCGCUCUGCCACAGAAGGCGACACCCCUUGCCCACCCUUAUCGCUGCUUCCUCAACCUAUGGCAUGCACUCCUUGCCCGCUGCACGCUAAAUGCACUCAACACUCCGUCAUCUGUGAUUCGGGAUAUUUACUUCGUCCCCACCCUGUCCUGCGGUUUUUUUCACCCUUUGGUUCCGGCCUUCCUACUCUGGUUGAUCGAGUAGGCCACGUUGCGGAUGGUCUGCCAGGUCUAGGCCCUGUUGCAUUUCCCCCUCAAUGCAUCGAGGACCCCAAACGAAAGAGGAAUAUCGGUGCACUGGGCAAAGCUAUCGAAUCACAUCUUGCUCGUGAGAGAGGUCGGCGCCUCUGCGCGGGCCAGAAGGUACUUCGGGACAACGUGAGCGACAAAGAGGGUGGUGAAGCAAGAAAGUGGGGCUUUGAGGAGGGAAGACUUCAGGAAGAGAUGAAGCGUAAAUUGCCCCCGAAGCUCCUCAACACUUACGACGAAAUGUUCGACAACGCCGUACAACAGUUGGUGCAAUGGGGUGGUGUAAUUCUCGGGGAAGAUUCGAGUGGGAAGCGAUAUCUUGCUCACACAAUCCCUACUUUGACAUGGAAUUGCAAAGUCACUGUGAAGUUGCGAGAAGCUUGGGAAGCAUGGCGGUCCCAUGUCAUCGGUUACUCUCUAGGAAUAGCAGCUCUCUUCACAGUCUAUAUUCGAUACAAUCGGAAGAAGUCACACAAAGCUCGCGUGGCUGAGCUAGCGUCAGUUGUCUUGGACACCUUGCGGAACCAAGAACUGGCCCACCAUACCGACCCGGUGACAGCUCCGCAGCCAUAUUUGCCGUCACUACAGAUGCGUGAUCUCCUCCUCCAGGAUCGGGGUAUCUCCACUAGAGAGAAGUUGUGGACGGAUGUGGAGAAGAAGGUCGAAGAGAAUGCGAACGUGAGAGCUAGCCUCGCGGAGGUUCGAGGGGGCGACGAGCUGCGCGUAUGGACGUGGAUAGGUACUACGGGAAGGCCACAGAUACGCGAAUCUUAGGUACGCACUUUAGCACCUAUUCGGACUGGCUCGAAAGAUCUGUCACAGGAUGUACUUGCUUGCAG